AUGAAAAACACAGUCUUGCGAAUAAAAGCUGAACUUGAAAAUGUAAAAAGAAUAUAUUGUGAUGACGACUUUUUAUGGGCUUUCAACAUAAGAGACAGCGUCUCAACUUUAACCAGAGAAAAUAUAACUUUUAGUAAAAAUGAUCAGCUAGCUAUACCUAAUAGCAGGGGAACAGCUAACUUUCUUGUUAAAUGGACAGAGUAUCCUAAAUAUUCAACAAUUAAUUUUGUAAAUACAAAAAAGUCAUGUUCUUACGAUUCCGCUAGUAACGAAUGGCAGGACUUUGCCACUUUUGAGUGCCGAGGGAUUGAACUUGCCGAGUUUAUUCCUUCAGGGGAUUUUAUCAUUGAAGAUACCCAAGGGAAAAUUUAUUACAAUGUUAAUUUAUUCGAUUUAAAUUGGUGUGAUUAUAAUCAAGAUCACGAGAUGUGCGUAGGAGUAUAUAACUUAGAACAUGAAAUAGUGUAA